AUACGGUUAUAUACAUGUGAAAUCGUUCUAUGUCUAAAAACAAGUGGACGGAGAAAGACAGUUUAGCCGGUGGGUCGGCCAUCGAACUCUAAGCUGUAGGAGUAGACAUAUAACAUCGCAACAAUAUCAACCAACCGUAGCUUGCCACGUAGUAAAUCUUGGCGUGAAAAAUCUGUCAUCUGUAAGCUUUACACACGGGCUUUACAUAAGUUAUAACCGCGUUUUAUCCAAAACCAAUUGCUUUGUGUUCGUAUUUUUUUUUCUUUUGGGUGUUUAUAAACUCUUUAAGACUUCUUAUCCAGUUUUUAUCUAUCUAUUAACAACUCCACAAUUCUUGUCUCAAAUAUGGGUUGUUUGAUAUCUCCUGUAAUGAAACUCCGUCGCCUCUCCUCAGCUGACUCGCGGCGGUUUGCGUACCGGAAUAUCACCGAGAGUAUGGAAGAUCCGGUCAUAAGGGUGGUGGUAGGGAAGGAGAAGACUGAGUUCUUGGUCGAACCGUACGUACUUGAAGAACACCCGUUUAGAGUCUUGAUAGGUUCGGUCAAAGAUCGUGCCAAGAACCGGUUAAACAGGAGUGGUAGAGUUGUGUGGCUUGAUCAUGUCGACUCGAUCUUGUUUGAGCACUUGUUGUGGCUUCUUCGGAACGAUGCCUCUACGUUUUCGGAUUUGGAUGUUGUCGAGAUCAUUGAUUUCUAUGCUCUGUAAAAAAUAUGUCGAUUAACUUGGUAAUAUAUAUGAGCCAAUGAGCCAUUCAUAAAAUAUAUAUAAUGAAAAAAAUUGCGAGAAUUCGUCGGCUA